AUGGGUCGCCUUGACAUCUUGCCCGCGCACGUCGACCCCUCCAUCUUCGACGCGAACGAUGUGUUCCUGGGCACUGGCGGUAUCUUGUACACAAUCUGCUACGCCCUGAUGGCACGCCAGUCCAUUCGCGACCGCACAUACGCCAUGCCUCUCUUCUCACUCGCAUUCAACUUUGCGUGGGAGAUUGUAUUCGCGAUAUACGUGGCCGAUGAGCUCCGGGAGAAGGCCCUCUUCGCCAUAUGGGGACUCUUAGACAUGGGCAUUGUCUACGCGGCUGUCACAUAUGGUGCAAACGAAUGGAAACAUGCGCCAGCAGUUGGCAAGAAUAUCGGCAAGAUCUUUGCUGGCAUGUUGGUAUGGUGGUGCAUCGCGUUGUGGGCUGUGAGCUCUUGGUGGCUUGAUGUCGAUCACCCCGUCAAUCCAAAAGUUGGAAAAGCGUACCGCGGCAAUCUGGGCAUCGACAAGGACGAGCUCGGUUUCUGGACUGCGAUGGUCGCACAGGUCGUGCUGAGCGUCAUGUCAUUGGCACAGCUUGUGUCGUGGGUCUUCGUAUAG